AUGUCAAAAGAAUAUCGGCGAAAACGACAAAGAGUUGAACUUCAAGAUAAACAUCAAAAAUCAGACAAUGAACAAAAUUCAAAUCUUCAAAAAUGUCUAAUAUGUAAUCGUCAUUUUAUUUCAAAUCGUCUCGUCGACCACGAACGAGCUUGUAAACAAGCCACGAUACUUCAUACAAAUUCUUUGCAUCGUUAUUAUUAUGAUAGUCAAUUACAUCGAUGGAAAGGUCUUGAUUAUAGCAUUAGUUCAAAUCAAUCAAAUACUAAUCGUGACAAACAUCAACCUUCCACUAAACAUUUUCCACAAACUCAUUGGCGAGAAAAACAUCAACAAUUUCAAAAUAUAAUCAAAAGACAAUAUAAUUCAAAAGAUGAUUUAAUUCAAUCAUCAGAUGAUCGUUCAUAUCAAUGUUCUCUAUGUCAGCGAAAGUUUGCCACUGAAAAUGCUAUAACUAAACAUCGAAAAGGUUGCACAGGCAAUCGACAUAUAGGUUUAAAGAAUCGUAAUAUAAGAAAUAAAAGUAUUAAAUAG